UUGCACGAAACUGAACACAGCUUAGCGUAACGAAGGAAGAGAGAAGUUUUGCUUAGAGAGAGAGAGAACUUUUACUUGGAGAGAGAGAGAGAGAGAGAGAGGGAGAGACAGAGAGACAGAGAGAGAUGAAGAUCACAGCGCUCUUGGUAUUGAAGUGCAAUCCGGAGGGAUCGGAUCCGGUAAUUUUAGCAAACGCUUCCGAUGUGAGUCAUUUUGGGUACUUCCAGAGGUCCAGCGUCAAAGAAUUCGUUGUUUUUGUCGGCCGGACUGUCGCCAAACGUACCCUUCCCGGCCAACGCCAGUCCGUCCAGCACGAAGAGUACAAGGUGCAUUCUUACAACAGCAAUGGCCUGUGUGCAGUGGGGUUUAUGGAUGAUCAUUAUCCUGUCCGAAGUGCCUUUUCUCUUCUUAAUCAGGUGCUAGAUGAGUACCGGAAGAAUUUUGGUGAUUCAUGGAGGGCUUUGCAGGCAGAUAAUACUCAACCCUGGCCAUAUUUGGAUGAAGCAUUGACCAAGUUCCAAGAUCCUGCAGAGGCAGACAAGUUGUUGAAAAUUCAGAGGGAGUUGGAUGAGACAAAAAUUAUCCUUCAUAAAACUAUUGACAGUGUACUAGCACGAGGUGAGAAACUGGACAGCCUAGUUGAGAAGAGUUCAGAUCUGAGUGCUGCUUCACAGUUGCUAACAUAGAACUUAUGGUGGAUGUUGAAACAGAUGUUCUACAAGCAGGCAAAAAAAACCAAUCAAUGUUGUACUAUACUGUAACCUAUCAAAGCAAGCAGCACGAUAAUGUAAUGUUAGUGUUUGAAGGGUGUGGUUGACAGUAUGAUUGUAACGUGUUUAUAUCAUUUAUCAAUUGUUUGUUUGUCAGAACCACGGACAAUAUUCUAUCUCUUGGAUCGAAAAAAAAAAAGAAAACUGAAUAUCAACAAUAGAGUUUCAUAUUA